AAUGAGAAAUCACCACUUUUUCGAAGGUCAACAUUUCAGGAAGAAGGAGAGUAUCACGAGUUUUGUAUAAAGUUUUACUGAGGUCGUAUGAAAUGUGACAGAAAACCUCUUGAAAAUGGACUGUCUAUGCCAUAUUGUAUGUCCAUGUUUUAGUGGAGGAGGGAGGGGUAACCCAGAAAGCGAUUUUGAUGUUAUUCCCGAAAAGGGAGAUUAUUUUGGUGAAACAAACUUCAGAGGUGCCAAACAUGGUCAUGGUGCUUUUUCGUUUCCUAACGGAGAUAUGUAUGAAGGGCAGUGGAAGGAUGACAAAAUGCACGGAUUUGGAGAGUACAGGUUUAGCAACGGAGAAAUAUUGAAUGGUUUUUUUGAAAAAGGAAAAUUUGUUGGGAAUCCACCAGCUGAAGUUGAAAAGCAGUUAAAUUCACAUAAGACACGCCCACUCACACCAAACUCCAUUUUAGCUGAUCAGAAACCAACAAAGGUGAAGCAUAAUGAAGCAAGCUAUUCUUUUGCAAGAGUAGUUGGAAAUCUGAAGCAAAACAUCAAAAAGAAAGGGAAAAAAGCAGAAAGUAAAGAUGGCACAGACCAUGAAGUAAGGAGUCCACUUCUUCAUCAUGAAAAUGCCAACAACAGGAUAAAUUAUGAAGCAUUACAGGGUUCGGCAGACCCAAGAAUCGCAGCACAGAUUGCCAUGGAGAGGGAAAGAAAACAAAGAGAACGCCAAGAAAGGGUACAGAGGAUGAAGGAUAAGUACAACAUCCGCUCAUAGAAUCUUCAAAAAGAAAAUAAUUUUCUAAUGAUUUAAAAGUAGUUUUCAAAUGCAAGCAUACAAUAUUUCAAGAAACCUUCAAGAAACUUUCAUCAGGAUACCGUCCUUUACUUUCCCAACCAUGUGGGAAAGCCUUUCCCAACUGACUUUCCCAACUGUGGGAAAGUCAUAUGAAGUACUAGCUCUAGGGUGCAACAUCAUUACUCCAGCAAGUGAGAGUAUGAAUUUACAUCAUCAAAUUGUGGAAAUCAUACCAGAUCACCCCAAACAAAACUGGAUUUUAGUCAACAAGGAUCUUUGUAUAUAAGUCUGCCUCUUAUUUGGAAUUUCAUUAAAGGACAAGUGACACGCUUUUGGCGCCAAAAUUUGUAUUCCUUUUAACUCAAAGUAAAAUGCUGUAUGAGAGUGUUGUUGAAAUAUUAUUUUUUCUGAUUUCAUUUUCCUACUUAAAAAACCCUUUUCAAAUUAUGGCGGGAAAUGAAUCACGUGACACCAUGACAUAGAUUGUGAUAAUUUGUUAUUGCUGCUACUGGUAUACAGUAGAAUAUUAACGUUUACAACACGCUUCUAAGCGAAUUCAGUUCGUCUGGACCUGUUGCGUCGUGUUUCGUAAACUCUCUAUUAAUGACAGGAAAAUUCCGAGUUAUCACAAUGUACGUCAUAGGGUCAUGUGAUAAAAAGCAAAAUCACACCCCCUGCGCCCCCUGAUUAGAAUUUUUUGUUCUAAACCAAAAAAACUUACUUAUAAAUGAUGAUCUAUAAGUUAAUGAAAAGAAAAGAUAGGGUGAAAAGUGUGUCACUUGUCCUUUAAGCUUAUACUUCAAUUUCCUUUUUCAAUUAUCUUGGGUCAAAAGUCAGUAAAUUUUUGCAUCACCUAAGAGCUCUUUGGUUCUUGUUGUUAAUUAAAGAAAAAUCUUAUAAAAAAUCACAUCACACCUACUUUUUUUCAGUUAUUUGAUAACACAUUUAUGAUAUUCUCACAAAGGAAGAGGGUCAAUAAACGUGUUUUAUUCUUAAAAUGUCUUGCCUUUUCUUGUUAACUUCAUAGAUGUAUGCCUUGUUAUUCAAAACAUGAUUUAUUCUGCAUUGAGUUUUAAUUUUUCAUUGAUAAUUCAAUAUUUCUUUAUAAAUACAAACUUGUCUGAUAAUUCUAUUAACACAUUUCAUCAAUAGGUCAUUUUGUAUUUCCCAGAAUUCACCAUGUUAUUUAUCAUGUGUUGCUUUUUUACAGUUACAAUUUUGCAAAUCGUUUUUACAUUUUGUAUAAAGUUUUUCAUUAUAUUCGAGUGCUGUAAAUGACAGUUACAGCUCCUGUAUUUGAAAAAUAGUUUCUGCCACUGCCAUAAUGAAUUUUAAGUUAGGUAUUGAGUCAAUUUAGGGAACCCUAAUAUACAAAACUUGGUGAAUUGUUUACACCAUUUUACUAUAAUUUUUUACUUCUCAAUUUGACAUUUCACUUUGUAAACACUCUUUGAUACUUUCUGAUAAAACAACAAGUCUGUUAAUUUUCUAAUUAGACAUGUACCCAGGAGACAAAAACAGUCAUUUACAGUCACCUUUCAUUAUUGGUUUUCUAUAACUAGGCAUCCUUUAUGGAAAGUUUCCCUUGAUAAAAGCUGCAAUCACUGCCAAAAUUACUUGGAACACCCAACACUUUACAUUGUGCUUUUCUAUUUUUCAUUUGUUUUCUGGAAUACUACUACUUCUGUCCCCCUUUGCCCUUUCCCCCAAAACUUUGUUGAAAGUAUAGAAAAACAUUCUAUAGGAAAUCAGAAUUUUUCCUGGAGGGAGAAGGGUAUGGCUGAAUUUGCCUUUGAAAACAGAUGUAAGUGUUCCAAAAUUUUUGGCAAUGAUUGUAGCAAUAUUAAGUGAUUAAAAUGUUGAUGUUAAGGGUUUCUCAGACAAAGUUGAAUAAUUGGUUUUUCAUAGUUAUAUAUCUGCAAUUUUGAUAGAUAAUUUUUUAUAACAUAAUUUGUAGGAUGUUUGGGAGAUAAUUUUGAUAUUGGUUGCCCAAAGGGUGCAUGCAAAUAAGGGAAAAGGUUUGACAAAUAUAACCAAUAUAACACCAAAAUGUUAGUAAUUGUUGAAAACUUGUCACCAAAGAAAACAUUUUGUCAAAAACCUAAAAAUACAUUAAAUAAACUGCCCUUAUAACUUGAUACCCAUUUCUGAAUUCUGAAUCCAAUUAAAUUGAAAUACAACUUAAAAAGUCACAAUUUUGAACAAAAAUACAUCAGAUCUCCUCAUCCAAAUUAUUUUGAUUGCACCCUUUAGGACUGAUUAUAUAUAAUAAUUAAAGGUCCCUGAUGACAUAUGAGACUUCAGAAUAAUUUUUCAUUUAGCUACGUAAUCAAACAGAGAAUUUAAUAUGAAUCAAUAAGAAUAUUGAUUCUUAGAAGAUAGAUGAUUAUAAACCAUUAAAUUGCUUCUAUUGUUAAUUGUUAUAAACAAUGUUAAUGAUAUAUAAAAAACAAAAAAAUAU